GCUGGGUAACAUGAUUUGUGAGCACAGGCGCAACAGCUGGUUCGCCCUUCAAUGUGAGUUAAAAUGCCCAUCAACUGCAAGUCGCAGUGCGGCAAUCGCGCUGCCUUGAAGCGCCCCAAAACCGGCGAUGCCCUGUGCAAGGAGUGCUUCUUUGCCGCCUUCGAGGCGGAGAUUCAUCACACGAUCUCCUCCAGCAACUUGUUCCGGCGUGGCGAGAAGGUGGCCGUGGCAGCCAGCGGGGGCAAGGAUUCCACGGUCCUGGCUCACGUCCUGAAACUGCUAAACGAACGCCACGACUAUGGCCUGGAACUGGUGCUCCUCUCCAUAGACGAGGGCAUUACCGGCUAUCGGGACGACAGCCUGGAGACGGUCAAGCAGAACCGCGAUGACUACCAGAUGCCCCUGAAAAUCCUGUCCUACGAGGAGCUCUACGGCUGGACCAUGGACCGCAUUGUGGGCCAAAUCGGACGUUCCAACAACUGCACCUUUUGCGGGGUCUUCCGGCGACAGGCCUUGGACCGAGGAGCCAAGCUGCUGGCCGUGGACAGCAUAGCCACGGGCCACAAUGCCGACGACAUUGCGGAGACGGUGCUGAUGAACGUGCUCCGCGGGGACACGGCCCGCCUGCGACGCUGCACGGAUAUCCGGACCGGCGGCGGCGAGGAUUCCAUACCCCGAGUGAAGCCCCUGAAAUACAGCUACGAGAAGGAGAUCGUGAUGUAUGCCCACUACAAGAAGCUCGUCUAUUUUUCCACCGAGUGCGUGUUUGCACCCAACGCGUACCGCGGACAUGCCAGAGCCUUCCUCAAGGAUCUGGAGAAGGUGCGGCCUUCGGUUAUCAUGGACAUCAUCUACUCCGGCGAGCAGCUGCGAUUCAAGGACACCGUGAAGAAGCCAGUGCGCGGCAUAUGCGCUCGAUGUGGCUUCGUCUCCUCGCAGCAGCCCUGCAAGGCAUGCGUCCUUCUCGAGGGUCUGAACAGAGGAUUGCCCAAGCUGGGCAUUGGCAAGAAGUCCAAGGGCGAGCGAAUGAUUGCCAAACAGGAUCAGGAACUGGCCCUUCGAGAGCGUGCAAAUUUAGUAAAAAACGAUUUUUAAUAUGUCAAA